AUGUCCAUGUAUCAUUGCUCUAAGUUCGUCUCCCAACGGUUCGGGUAUGCACAUAGACAUACAGGACAUAUAUAUAUACCAUUGAAAUACCCAUCAAAUUCUACUCAAAUCUUCUCACUUGUUUUCUCGAAUAAUACCACAAUGCCUUGUUUUGAUGAUUCGUUUACCAUGAACCAUACGUGCUAUCGUAUCAAAGACCCUAAGGUCAGUAUUCCCUUCUACGAGAAGCAUUUUGGCAUGAAGCUUAUCUCUCAUUUCGAGCUCGAUGGCUUCACCCUCUAUAUGAUGGGCUACGAGACGGUGGAUCCAACCAAUUGGGCAGCCAGACCUGGUAUUUUGGAAUUGUGCCACAACCACGGUGUUGAACAUGAUCACAACUACACAUUGAACAAUGGAAACGGAAAGGAGCACAGAGGCUUUGGCCACAUUUGUAUCUCAGUCGACAACAUUGAAGAAUGUGAGAAGAAGCUUCUCGCAGAUGGUGUCAAGUUCCAGAAAAAAUUGGCGGAUGGACGUCAACACAACAUUGCGUUUGCCUUGGACCCCAACGGGUACUGGAUCGAGCUCAUUGAGCAUGGCAACGGUAAGGCUACAGCUAAGACAGACGAGUCUAACUACCAGUUUAACCAUACCAUGAUUAGAGUCAAGGACCCAGUCAAGUCUUUGAAGUUUUAUAGGGAAGUUUUGGGUAUGAAGUUGUUCCGCACCCACGAGUCUGAGGCAGGCAAAUUCACUCUCUACUUCAUUGGCUAUGAUCACUCCGGUAUUAAGGAAGGAGAGGUAGAUCGCGAUAUUGUUGCAGCUAAACAAGGUGUCAUUGAGCUCACUCACAAUUGGGGCACAGAGAACGAUGACUCCUUCGAAGGGUACCACAACGGUAACUCUACCGAAAAUGGUGCUUUACAGGGAUACGGUCACACUUGCGUGUCUUGUGAUCAUCCAGGUAAAUUUUGCGAGGAAAUCGAGUCCGAGUUUGGUGACUCCGUCACCUGGUCUGUCAAAUGGAAUAAAGGAGGUAUGAAGGAUUUGGCAUUCAUCAAGGAUCCUGAUGGAUACUCUGUGGAGAUCAUCGGUCGCCAAAUGUUCAGCGAUUGGAAGGACGGUAAACCACCUUCGGCCAACUUGUAA